CUUGGGGGAUUAUGCGUGGCAUUUGCCAGUGUCACAUAUUUGUUCAGUGAACGUACACGUCUCAAUAUUGUACAAUUUAUUUCGUACGUUAUUCUCUAUUUUUAUUGUAGGCCGGCAGUGUUGUCGUUGCGUAUAGGGACUUGCUUGCAGUGUCCAGUUUGUGCGAGCAUUUUGUCGGCCUUGAGAUAUAAUUUAGUGUCACGUGCGGUAAUUUGAUGGAUCUGUCUCAUGCGAAUGGUUCAUUGCAGAAUGUUGGGGGCAGGUGCGCCCGCGGCUUUCCUACUGAAUGAUAACGGUUGCUGAAAGGGUUACGGUUUGGGAGGCUGCGCUGUUCGAGAUUUCUUGAUCAUACGAGGCAUGCUUUCGCUUCCGGGCGAGCGGUCAGAUAUGUUACAGAGCGCACAGUGAACAUCCACAACGAUAGACCGAGCAUCGAUGCUCCGUGCAGGCAGGAUGGAAGAGUUUGUUACGGAGGAAGAUGAGCCAUGGUACGACCAACGGGAUUUGGAGCAGGAUCUGCACCUGGCAGCUGAGCUGGGGAAGACCCUUUUGGAGCGCAACAAGGAGCUGGAGGACUCCCUACAACAGAUGUACAUCAACAAUGAGGAACAGGUGCAGGAGAUUGAGUACCUGUCCAAGCAGCUGGAGAUGCUGAGGGAGAUGAACGAGCAGCAUGCUAAGGUCUACGAGCAGCUAGACGUGACGGCCAGAGAGCUGGAGAUCACCAAUGAGAAACUGGUUAUAGAGAGCAAGGCCUCGCAGCAGAAGAUAGACAGGUUGACGGGUACCAUGGAGACACUGCAGGCUCAGGUGGAUACCAUGACAGCUCGUGUGGAGGAACUACGUACACUAGAGGAGCUGAGGAUCCACAGAGAGAAGCGGGAGCGACGCAAGACUGUCCACUCCUUCCCCUGCCUUAAAGAACUCUGCACUGCACCAAAGUAUGAGGAUGGCUUCCUGGUGGCCAACCCCGGCAGUGUGGACCUGGUGUCUGAGCGUGAGCGCCGGCCCCUGGACGAGGAGAACGAGCGUCUAAAGGGUGUGGUCUCCUCCCUGAGGUCCGCCAUGGUGGCCGAACGGGGCCGGAGGGAGGGGGCAGAGAGGGAGUGCACAGCUGUGCUGCAGGAGUUUGAGCUUAUGGAACAACGCCUCCUGGGGGCUGGCUGCCAGCUGCGAGUGCAGGAGCUGGAGGCAGAGCUACAGGAGAUGCAGCAGCUGAGGAGGUCCCGGGUCUGUCUGUUGGAUGAGGGUCUGGAGCAGACCCUGCUCAACAAUGCCCUCGAGACCGACACACCCGAGGAGGGACCGGGGCAAAAGGAGGGAGGGGAGGGGGCGGGGGAGUCCGGGGGGACAGGAGGAGGAGGGCAGCAGGGAGGCCCCGUGAGGAAGAGCUGCAGCGACACGGCGCUAAACGCCAUCUCGGCCUGCGACGCCUCUGGCAGGCGACAGGGCAGCUACGCAAUCCACGCCAACGGUGUGCGCAAGCGGGGCAUGUCCAUCCUGAGGGAAGUGGAUGAGCAGUACCACGCCCUGCUGGAGAAAUACGAAGAGCUGCUGGGGAAGUGCCGGCGCCACGAGGAGAGCAUGUGCCACGCGGGGGUGCAGACGUCACGCCCUGUCUCCAGAGACCCCUCCAUGAAGGACUACGGCAUGGCCACGCCCGGCCCCUCAGCCAUGGCUGCUGUACCCACCACCCCGCCCCAGACCCCCUCCACCCCAGAGGCCCUGGAGGGCAUCAGCCGGCAGGUAGACCAGGUGGACAAGAGGCUGGGCCAGAACACCCCAGAGUACAAGGCCCUGUUCAAAGAGAUCUUCUCCCGCCUGCAGAAGACCAAGAGUGUAGUGAACUCCACCAAGGGAGUCCCCAAGGGUAGAAAGUCCCCAAGGGUAGAAAGUCCUAAGGGAAAAAAGUCCAAAGACAAAUGAGCUGCUUUCGUGAUAUUACUGACCCUGACCUCUCCUGGUACUACUGAACAUGACCUCUCCUGGUACUACUGAACAUGCACUGAAAUGGGUACGAAAGCCACAGAUUUAUUUUUCUUAAUUUGUUUCUCUUCGUUUGACCGUGGUUGUUCAAAGUGGUCACUUUAUGUCUUAAUGACAGGUUACCUGUACUUCUGCACUGGGGAACUGAUACAAUCUACUGUGGAUGAUCCCCUCCGCUGUUUUAUCCAUCUUUCUGGAUACUGCCACAUUUCACCCAUCCCAAUAUGAAUGAAUUGUACAUCUGACGACAUUCAUCAUCUGGGUAGAUGAAAUGCCUUGAUUCUUGACCUAACUUAAGAUCAUUUAUGACAACCUAGUCGUGCACUAAAACCUGUUUUACCCGUCUUUGGUCAAGACAAUCCAGUACAAUGUUUAAAUGACUGAGCGUGUAUACUGAGACUGCACUAAUUCUAUUUAAAAUGUAUAAAUAAUUGCCAUUUAAUGUUUUUGAUGACGGACAAUGAAUAACGUGUGCAGAGCUAUUCAUAAAAUGUGUUUUCAAAAACAAUCUAGUUAAAUAUUCCUGAUGUUCUCAAUGAAUAACACUGUUGCCUUAACAUCGUAGGCUUCACGUAUGCAUCUAUCCAACAUAUACAUUGGUUUUGAAGCCAGUAGACUUCAAUUGAGGGAGCCCAUGGUACUCAAGGAAGUAGUAACUUGUUCUAAAAUACUGUAUGUAAACUGUAAAACUAUAUCAGUGUAUUGGUGAAUUUACCUUUUUACAAAAGGAUUCUCAAGAUGGUUAUGAUAAUGUUGCCAAAAUGGAGUUAGGUUGUCUAAGCUAGAGAACUGAGGACCUCCUGAUGAUGCACUGCGUAGAAAUGGAACUCUCAACCACACUUGACUAAGCUACUGUAACUGUGCUCUCUAAGCACUGACUCAGACCAUGGGUACAUCUCCAUGACUGCUUAUUUCAAGUACACAAGGGGCUCUAGCUGCCCUCUUAUCAGUACUUUGGUUUUUCAUUUUAAUAUUUUCCUUGUUCUUUUCUGCUCUUCAUUGUGUAGAAACUUCAUGUGACCUGGUCUUCUAUACAUUGGUAGAAGAGCAUCUAAAUGUCUAACAUUGUGUUCUGUUCAAUGAGAAAGGUUGCUGGUGUGUUAGAUGGAGCAUGCAUGAUAGACGGGUAAAGAUGCUUUACAGAACGUUUUACUUUAGAGCUGGAUCAAUAAGAGAACAGUGUAAAAAGUUACAUGACUUUAUUGAUUAAAGACACCAUGACCUCCA